ACUGGGGGCUGGGGCGGGCCUGAGGGCCCCUAGUAGGGAUUGUAGGUGUUUUUUGCCGUUUUGGCUAAACGAAAAGAACGCGUCCACCUACCUGGUCUUCGCUACCGGGAAGCUCCGCACAGUGUCCUGGGGUCCGGUGGGCCUAGCUAGCUGACAGCACCUCGCCUAGCCUCCCCACCUACACCCAUUUCCGCUGAGCCCGCGGCCCGCGGCUGUUGCGCAAUGCUCCCUGGCCGCCUGCUCUAGGCGCUGAAGGCCGGAGUUCCGUGGCCUAUGCCGGGUCCGCGCACCGGCGGCGGCAGAUGGGCGGCUAGGGCAGUGGGACCUGAGCGCGGCCUGGGACUCUCAGGGAGUGAUCCCUUCUCGCUCAGGGCACAGCCUCAGAGGACACCCUCGGAGAAGUUUCAGAGGGCGAAGAGGGACCCUAGUGUGAGGACUCAUUAGAAUAGGGGAGGAGGUAACUGAAAGUCUCAUGGGAGAUGUGGGCAGGGGAAGUCUUUGGGAGGAGGCAGUGAACACAGACACAGAUACACAGGCCUUCCGGGGCUGUGGAGAAUGAUCAGGGCUUGCUGACCCUGUGGCUUGGAGUCCUCCCAACCUUCUCCACUCUCCAGAAGGGCUUGGCUGCACUGUGCUGGAGAUUCAUUUGUCCACAUCACAUCAUAACAUUUUGUUGAGAACUUAUUUUGUGCCAGGCACUGUUCUAGGGGAUUGGGUCAUGAGCACCAAGGCGGACAGCUACUAAAAACAUUAACACACAGCUAGGGCCACUUCAGACAGAGGCUAAGUGCUGUAAAUAAAACACAAGGUGGGCUAGUUGUGAGAGAUGGUUAAGGAGGGCUGCUCUGAGGAUGUGGCCAGAAUGGUGAGACAAUGCUGAAAGAAGAGCAAGCACAAAGGCCCUGAGAUAUGCAUAAGCUUAGCAGCUAGGAGGACAAAAUGAAAGCCAGGGACUGGACUGUGGAAGGCAAUGAGGUAGACUAGUAGGCAGGGGUCAGAUCAGGUCGGGCCUUGAAGGAGAGUUAAGGGGCCCAGGGCUCCUCUUCCUCUAGGUCUCCUGCCUGGGCUGCUGGCAGUUUACUAGGAGUGGCCUCUCUAAGACAGUGUCCACCAAGGCUAAAGGAUAGGGGGAUUUAAAAGCUCAACAACAUGCUAGGUGUUGGAAGCACUGAGGGAAGUUACAGCAGCUGUGAAGAACUAUAGCCUCUUUCCUCAGGGCUUUUUGUUUUCCCUAGAUUUCCCACCCACUAGGAAGUUUUGGUCAAUUCUAUUGCACAGAUGAGAGAUAGGAAAGCUGAGGCCCAGAGAGGGGAAGGCUCUUUCCAGGGGCUUCUGACAGGUCUAGCACUGUGUGACCUGAGCUUAGCUGGUAUCUGGCCCCACAGUCUGGCCACAGACAAAGGGAGGGAGGUAGAGGCCCUAGCAGUGAGUAGGAAGAUGGCCUCUGGACUGUUAAUGAGGUCAGGAGAGUCCUUCCCAAGUGGAGGAAACUGUGACAAUUUCCCUGGUCCUGAAAGGCCUAAGUAUCCCCUUCUCCAUUCCCCUUGUCUGGGUUCCACUCCUUCCUCUUGUCUGGGCUCAAGCCCUUCCUCUCUUGCCUUCAGCAAGCCUUCCCACCAUCUCUGUUUUCUGAGCCUGGAGACCCCUUCUCUGUCUGGGGGCUUUUGCCCCAAGGCCAGGAGCUUACUCAUGGUUGGGGGGAAGAGAAUGUGGGACAGUGACUUAACCCCUUUGUGCCUUUCCUUUCUUCCUCUCUACAGUGGGGACAAUAGUAGUUCCCUUUUUCUUAGAGGCUGGUGUGAUGUUUAAGUACUCUGCCCUAUGUCUGCUUACAGUGUUCAUAGUUGCUUUAUCUUAUUUUUAUCAUUGUUUCAGUUAUUUUAUAAGCUUUGACACAGAGUGGUAGUUCUGUUGUAGCUGAAGGCCACUUAACUAAGAGCAGCAGUAGUACAACCUGGGAGUAUGUUAGAAAUGUGGACUAUCAGCCCCAGCCUAGGCCUGCUGGAUCCAGACAGCACUCAAAUCUGAGAAGCAAAGCUUUUCAAUCUGCAGGUGGAGAAACUGAGGUCUGGAGAGGGGCACCUGGAAAAUUGCUGAUUGGGGGCCUGGACUCUGGAGACAAACAGCCUGUGUUGCCGACCUGUCAGGUAGCUGCCCAUCUCUGAGCUCUGGUAAAUCAGAGAAAUCAGAUUCAAACUAGCCUAAACAGAAAAGGAAAUUUGGGGAUUUUAUAACUGAAAAGUCCAGGGGGGCAACUAGGUGUGGCUGGAUCCAGGGGCUCACAUGAGGAUCUAUCUCCAGGAUCUAUUUCCAACUGUCUCUCAGCUCUCCGCUCUGGCUUCCUGCUCUCAGCAGAUACUGUAUCUCUUUCCUAAUAAUUAUAGCAAAAGUCUCAGGGCUGGUUCUCACUGGCUAGGACAAUGGUACAUCCUUGUUGGCCAGGCUUAGAUUGCAUGCACAUUCCCUGGAGUUGUGGAGGGGUAGAGUCAGCUGUACUUAAACCUCUUGGAUGGAGACUAGGAGACCUGAGGUUUCCCCUCAGGAAAAUGGGGUGCUGGACAGGCAAAGCCAAGAGAAACCCUUCCAGACACCCCACACUCUGGACUGUAUCCAGCUCUUCCCAUUCCUGGCCCCUAUUCAUCCCCACUGGCUUCUCUUUGCCACAGGGGCCUCUUAGCUACCUUGUGGCUGCUGGGUACUUGUACUAUACCCCAGCCCUGCCCCAACUGGGGCUGUUUGACACUCUGUCCUAGGCCAGAGCUGGUGUGGGGCUGCCAAGUCCAGAAGUUUGCCCCACAGGAAGUGGGGAGUGAGGCAGAGGGGACUGGUAUCUUUCUCCUUGAACUCACAGUCACUUCCAAGUUAUCUCAGGUCACCAGAAAUUUUGAGGGAGGUGGUACAGCCCAUGCCAGCUGUAAGCUCCCUGUGCUCAGUGUGGUGGCCUGUUCCUCACAUGGUCCUCACAUGGAUACAGCGUGGCCACAGUUCAGACAUCAUACCUCAAUCUGAGAGCUACAUACAGGUGCAUAGAAGGGGGCCUUUGUCCUUGGGGGUAUUUGCCAGUCAAGGAAGAACACUUUUCUCAGGAGACUCCCUAUGUGGCAUCACAUGUCCUUGCCUAACCAGCCGCUGAUAAAGAGGAGAGAGGGCUCACCCUUCUUGACAGACCAGAGCUCUACAGGGCACUGUCGGCAAAGGGGAGGAUGAUCAUUUGGUGGACUGUCUCCUGCAUUGCAGGACAUUUGGCAGUCUUGGGCCCUGUCCACAAAAAAUCCAUAGCACCUUUUCCUCUGUGUCAAACUAGAGCACCGUGUGCCCUGCUGAGGUGUCUGGUACUGUUCCACACAACCACCGCUUACACUCAUUAAGGUUCAGCUUCUGGCGCUGGGGAGGACCCUGUCUUGAAUGCAGGGCACCAUGGAGGGGGUCCCUGAAACAAAAUAGCAGCUCGUUAGCAAGGAAGAAGAGGGCCGUGUCUGCUGGAGACACCACUGACAGUGUUGGCCUCACUGCUGCUAAACAGGGCUCAGGCCAGACACCACGAUAUCGGCUUUCUUUGCUUUCUUCCCUCCCUCUGUGUGUCUGCCAGCAGGUCUUGUGGCCUGACCUCCCUAAGGUAUCCCACUGCUGCCACUAGUUAAGCCACUGUCCUCUUGUGCCUGGACUGGUGUGCAGUAGCUCCUGGGUCUCUCUGCUUCAGUUCAUUGUCCUUGGCAGCUAAGCGAGCCUCUCCACAGGGAAAUGGCACCGCAUCACCUGCCUUUGGAAAAUCCUUCUCAGUACACUUAGAAUGAAGUCACAUUGCAUGUGGUCACAAGGCCCCAUCUGACCUGGCUCUGCCAACCUUUCUGAUUUCACGUGUAGUCACACUGGCCUUUUAGCCCUUUGAACAGGUCAAGCCCGUUUGUCUCAGGGUCUGCAUCGCUGUCCUGUCUCUGGUAUGCUUUUUGUCUAGAUUGUUCCAAGGCUGGCUUUUUCUCAGUUAUUUGGAUCUCAGCUCAAAUGUUACCUUGUCUGACAGCCCAAUCUGAGGCAGCACCACUUUGCAUUCCCUGGGACUCAGCCUUAGCCUGUAAAACAAAGGCUGAGAUAACAAGAUAGAAGAUUAUUCCUGUCUGUUGCAUGACAGUCUCCAUGCAAGCUGUCCAGGACGUGAAUGGAGCCCCACUGUGUCUGAGAUCCAGACACCUUCCUAAUUGCUCUGUUAUCCUCAAUACAUGGCUUCUGUCUCAUGGUCUAAGAUGGCUGCUCCUGUUUCUACCACCACAUUCGCAUUCCAGCCAGUUGGAAAGGAGAAAGGUACAACCUGAAAUUGGCAAACCUCACUGCUUAUGUCUGGCUGGAUAAAACUUAUUCAUAUGGCCAUAACUAGGGGAGGCUGGGAGAAUAGCCAUUGCUCUGGGAAGCCACGUGCGAACUAGAAUCCACGGGCUCUAGUACUCCAGGAAAGGGUAUAUGUUGGGGGGCACAGCAGUUUCUAUUGUAUUUCCUGUCCUGUGCUCUUUUCAUCUCAGCACUUAUCUCUACGAAGUUUGCUUUUUAAAUAUGAGGUCUGUGCUGGCUGUUGACCUCUCCUCUAGAAGGAAGGUCCCAUGGGAGCAGGUAUAUUCCAGCACCUGUACUCCUGGCUCAAAGUAGGUGCUCAGCACUGCCUGCUGCUGGUGGAAGAUUGCAUGAAUGAAGCAAGGGUAGAUUUCUUUGGCUGCCUUCCCCAUUAGUAGAGAACAAGGAAGGAACCAGCUUCUUUCUUUGGACCUACUAUGUGUCAGGCAUGUGUUCUCUUUAAUACUCCUUGCUAUUGGUAUGUUCUCAAGUUGCAGGUGGGCACGUGACCCCGGCGCCAGUCAGUGGCCUAUUGGAGAGAGGGAUGGAGGGACCUGAGCCCCAGGUCUUGGCUUACCCCCUCCUCCUAUGGAGUCUUUUUUCCCUUUCAGCCAGAGGCAGCACUCAAGUUUCCUGGUUGUGAGGAUGUCCCUGGUUCCCUCUACCUCUGGCUUGGGCCUGCUGUUUUUCAGGAAUAGUGUUAGUUGACAGACAAGCAGGGAUUCCCAUUGCAUUGCUGCAAGUCUUUCUUGCCAACCUGGGCUAUUCCUUGCUGAGUAGGAGACCUGUGCUCUUGGCGUAUAAAAGAACAUCUCGAUUUUAAAACUUUACUGAACUGUAACCCAAACAGAUGACAAGUAUAGGAACCAUAGGUCUGUGGCUCAAUGAAUUGCUCACAGUGAGCACACUGGUGUACCUAUCACCCAGAUUAAGUAUCCAGAAGCUGGCAUGCCUCCCACUAUCCCUCUACCCUCCAUCCUCUGAAAAGAUAACCCUCACCUGGCUCUCUGCGUAAGGUCAGACCACAUGUUCACUUGGUGCUUGGCACUCGCGAGGCCCUUUAAUGUUGCUGUAGCAGUAAUCUAUUUUUAAAAAAUGAUGUCCACAAUGUUCCACUGUUGUUCAUGUGAGCACUGCCAUUCAUGUGUAUGUUCUGCUGACGGGCAUUUGGGCUGCCCCCAGCCUGGGGCUAUUAUGAACAUACCCUGAAGUGGAGAUGUGGGUCAUAGGACCCUGUUGGUUCAGUCAUUUUAAAUACUGGUGUCUGUUAUGUUCUGGUACCCAGGCCGUGCCUGGCUCACCUUCCCUGGGCUCCCCAAACUCUCUAUGGAAGCCUCUGCCCCUGUCAAUGUGGGCCCAGCUCUACUGCUGCAUGCCUUUAGUCCUAUGGCCGGCCCAUGAGCCUGCCUUGGUUGUCCAGAGUGGCUCCAGGACCCCAGACAACCAAUUCUCAUCUUCCAGGCUGGACUCUGACCUCUCAUUCUCAGAUCAUUACAUGGGUGCUUGGCUGUGCUCUUCCCCCUUGACUCCUGCUGCCCCCAGCAGCUCCCUGCCAUUGCAGGCACAGCUCCCUCCUCAGCACCUCCUCUUUCCUCAUCCUUUCCACUUGGAGACCUCCGUGUAUCUUCUAGGGAUAGUGCAAAAUCCCCUCCAUCUGCAUCUGCCUUUCCAGGGUGGCAGCAGAAGGAGACAAAGGCUUGAGGGCCAUCUGAGGUAUGCACGAUGCCCUGCUCUGACACUUGGCGCCUGUGACCCCACAUGUCACUCGGCCUCCAAAUAGGUUCUACAUGGGUGUGGAGGGUUGGAGCCAAAGCUCAGCUACUGAGGACUUCAUGUGUGUUGGGCUGUUGGAGGUGCUUCAUGUCAUUUAUCUGGUGCUCAUAGAAUGCAUACUAUUGUUACCCUCAUUACAGGGGUUGUGAGAAACUGAGGCACAAAGAAGAAAAGGAAGUAAGGGCAGGCUGGGACGUGAACCUUGUUUCUCUCCUAUUUCCCCGGGAUUGGAGGGACUAACAGGGCUGCUGCUGGUGGGAUGGACACCCUGCAGGAGGUGAGUAGGGCCAAUGGGAACCUGGCGCUGCCCCUACCCCCAAUGCCCAAUAUCAGUGUGCCGCAUCGCUGUCUGCUGCUGCUCUAUAAGGACAUCGGCACCUCUAGGGUCCGGUACUGGGACCUCUUGCUGCUCGUCCCCAAUGUGCUCUUCUUCAUCUUCCUGCUCUGGAAGCUUCCAUUUGCUCGGGCCAAGAUCUGCAUCACCUCCAGCCCCAUUUUUAUCACCUUCUACAUCCUGAGGAAUCAGCACCUGCAGAUAUGGUAUGUGGGUUUGCUGCUCCUACAGCUCCCAGAGGCCUCAUUCUCCGACUCCACCACACCCCCUCUCACCCAUCAGGUGUUCGUGGUGGCGCUGGUGGGCAUCGCCCGGGCUGUGGUGUCCAUGACAGUCAGCGCCUCAGAUGCUGCAACUGUGGCUGAUAAGAUCCUGUGGGAGAUUACCCGCUUCUUCCUGUUGGCCAUCGAGCUGAGUGUGGUUAUCCUGGGCCUUGCCUUUGGUCACCUGGAGAGCAAGUCGAGCAUCAAGCGGGUGCUGGCCAUCACUACGGUGCUGUCCCUGGCCUACUCUGUAACCCAGGGGACGCUGGAGAUCCUCUACCCUGAUUCCCACCUCUCAGCUGAGGACUUCAACAUCUAUGGGCAUGGAGGCCGCCAGUUCUGGCUGGUCAGCUCCUGCUUCUUCUUCCUGGUGUACUCUCUGGUGGUCAUACUUCCCAAGACUCCGCUAAAGGAGCGCAUCUCCCUGCCUUCGCGGAGGAGCUUCUACGUGUACACAGGCAUCCUGGCGCUGCUCAACCUGCUGCAGGGGCUAGGGAGUGCGUUGCUCUGUGCUGACAUCAUCGAGGGGCUCUGCUGUGUGGACGCCACCACGUUCCUCUACUUCAGCUUCUUUGCACCCCUCAUAUACGUGGCCUUCCUCCGGGGCUUCUUCGGCUCGGAGCCCAAGAUCCUCUUCUCCUACAAAUGCCAAGUGGACGAGACUGAAGAACCAGAUAUGCACCUUCCCCAGUCCUACGCUGUGGCCCGGCGAGAAGGCCUGGAGGCGGCGGGUGCUGCCAGCACACAGUUCGACUCAGCUGGUGGGGUGGCCUACCUGGAUGAUAUUGCUUCCAUGCCCUGCCACACCGGCAGCAUCAAUAGCACGGACAGUGAGCGCUGGAAGGCUCUCAAUGCCUAAAUGUGGCUGCCCUGGCUGGAAGGUGUGCUGGGGCCUGUGGAGGGCAGACCAGACAAGAGGCCAGGGAAUAUAGAGUUCCCAGAGGAGGACAAGGUCACGGGAGUUUGUGUGUAUAGCAGACCUAUGCAGGCCUUGUCUUGCUCUCUGGGCCCCCAAUUGCCCUUGGCCACCUUUGCUCCACCUGGGGGCCACCACCCCUUCCGCAUGUCCUUGCCUUGCUCAGUGACAUGGCCCAGACUUUGAUCUCCCAGGGCCAGGCCUGGCUAGGCUGGCUGAGGGCACCACCUUUCUCCAAAGGAAAAAGCCUGGGUAUCCAAGACUGGUCUGCCCCCCCGCCCCCAAGUGCUUUGGCCUCCUCAAAGCCCACUCUGGCAGGUGGGCUGAAGUGUGUAUAUUUUCUUGAUUUAUUUUUUAAUAAAAAGGAAAAAGAGCA